CAAAACGAUCUAAACGACAGCGAGAGGCCGGGAGGAAUGAGCUGUGCACUUCGAAGGAGGGAAGCGGAGGACAGCGAGGCCGCGCUCGUUCUUGCAGAAGGACGCACCCUGUAGACAUGGAGGCAGAGGCAGAUGAGGAGGACAGCACUUUUACAACCAUCUCCCUGGCAGAUGACUCAGGGGAAAGUCGAGCUGCAGCCCUGCAUUUAAAAGAGGAAGACGAGCAUCUUACCAUGAACGCUGACAUGGAUGGUAAAUCCUCUUGCUGGUCUUUAAUGAGCACUCAAGGGGACAUGGAGAAUCAGGCGGAGUUGGAGGAAAAAACACGGCUCAUCAACCAGGUCCUAGAGCUGCAACACACACUGGAGGACCUUUCAGCACGAGUGGAUGCAGUGAAGGAAGAGAACCUGAAGUUAAAGUCUGAGAACCAGGUGCUGGGACAGUACAUCGAGAACCUCAUGUCGGCUUCCAGUGUCUUCCAGACCACCGACACAAAAGGCAAACGGAAGUAAGGGACAAGUUCCUAAAUCUCUCACGUCACUGGUGGCAACAACCAUGUUUACACUGUUGUUACUCUCAAGCAAGAUGCUUGUCAAGCUUGUUCAGUUUUUUCCUGGUAUGAUCAGGUUUCUUUUU